AUGUUUGGAGAAUCAGCUAACAAGUUGAUUCUUGAUUCAAGAAGGACUAAUAAUUUGCCAGAAGUCUCAUUAUAUCAAACAGAGCUAAUAGGGGAUAUACUUCGAGAGAUCAAUGACUUGGAUAAAGAUAUGGAAUAUUUACAACAGGAAACUGAAGCUUUGAUGUCUCAAGGUGAAGAUAAUGAAGCCAAUAGGAAAAUAAUAGAAUGCCAACAGUUUGCCGCUAGGUUGACCAUGAUAAGGAAUAAAAGAUGUUUGUUAGCUUACGAAAGAGCCAGAGCUAAUAAGAUAGAUGAAUUUUGUUGGUUAAAUGUUGAUCCAACUAAUGAUUUGACCUCGAAAACAAGUAUCAGUUUACUGAAAAAUAGUUCUCUUGGAACAAAUUUUACCACAUCAUUAUCCCUAGAUAAUUUAAGUCAUCCUGAACAAGAAUAUUAUCGACAAUAUCAAGAAUUAUUGGUAGAUUAUAAAUCUAAGUUCUCAGAUAUUGACCUUUCGGGAGAUUUAGAACCACCUACGAAUAUUUUCAUUGAUGUAAGAGUACUUAAGGAUGGAGGAGAAGUACAAACCGAAUAUGGAGUUUUCAAUUUAAUCAAAGAUUCCCAAUUUUAUGUAAGAAAAUCCGAUGUUGAACGAUUAAUUCAACAAGGAUAUUUAGAAGAAUUGUAA